CUUGUAGCCAGACUCCACUGGUGUUCAAGGCAACCUGUGUAUCAAUAAGAGUUCCAAGUAAGCAGCGGGAUGCAGAGCAGGCAAACUGUUCUCCAAUAGAAAGGAACCAAGUGUUGGUCUAGCCAUAGCUUAAUCAAUCAUGUGGGAACUGCCUUUGGAUGAUACCGACCCAUUUGGCCUACCAUCUCAAGUACUUCCCAGAAGGAAGAAGGGGAGAUUCACCUUUAAGGGCUGAUAUCCAGGUACCCAUGGCAAUUCUACGACAGUUGGAACCCACAGUUGGUUGGCACGACUUGAUUGGCACAGUUUGGUCCCGAGACUAUAAAGGAGUCCCAAGAUGGAAAACAAAUUGAAAUCAAGGGGUGUAGUGUCUAUGAUACUGCAGAUGAGCAGAGAUUCCACAGAUUUCUACAAGGGGCAGACGACAUGGCUUGUUAUCUCUUUCUUCUACCUUUCAGUUAUGUACAUCUCGGAAGUGCCCUGGCUUAGUAGGAAGAGUGACUUCCAGUGCCAUGGGAACAUCUCCGAUGCCUGCGUAGCCGAGUGCUACAAUCAGCAUUUCUCCAUGCCCAUGAUAGGCGUUUGGAACACUGUUGGCUUGACCGUCUACUCCGUCUUUUUCAUGAUGGAGUUUUCAGUCUUUCAGAAUUUAACUGUAAGCUCAGAAUAUUCACCGCAACCCUUAGAGGAAGAGCCAUGCCACAGCCCACUCUACAAUAAACAUGAUGCAAAGAGUGAGGAGAUGAUUUUGAACUUGUCUAAGGAGAAGUUCCUGUUGUCUACAUUCCUCGCCUACUAUGUGGGUCAGAUGGCCAUUCAAGGGAUCUUCCUGAUCAUCAUAUGGUACUAUCAACUCUCCCUGAUUAAGGAAGACAUCUGGUGCCACACAAUUGUGUGUCUCGGACCAUACUUGUGCGUGUUCAUGGGGGUACAGGAGAAGUUAAUGUCCAUCACACUUAUAACUAUCCUUUCUGUGAUAAUCAUCAUCUUCUGCUUUAUAUUCUUCCUGUAUACCAUUAGUCUAUACGCUCUCACGAGUGUAAUCCUGAUAGACACAAAGGCCAAAUUCCAGCAGCUGUCCGAGUGACCGCUGACCCAACCUGGAGUGCAAAUAAAACUGGACUGGUUUUGACUAUU